GGAUCUUAUAGCAGUCGGUGUGCUGAAGCAGCGGCUCCCACCUGGGCCAGGAGGAGGGGGUCUGGAGUGAGGAGCAGACAGUUGUUGAGACACUUUGAGGAGCGGUUAAUUAUCUCUGGCUGCUAACAGGCUAGCUAGCAAACUGGCACGACUGUUAACAGCUCCCAGCCCUUUUGCUGAUUAAUUUAAUCACGGCCCAGCCCUGACUACUCUGAGCCGAGGCGAAAUUAUUCCGCCUUCUGUUCUGCCUUUUAUUCAGUUUUAGAAAAGUGACCGUCGCCGCAAGAUAACCAUCAGUAAACCAAGAGUUAACCAGCAUUUCCAAACACCGCUGUAAUGCGACGUUGCAGGGGGGCUCCACCACCUCCGUGUAGCUAAUUAGACCGCUCAUUAAUUAGCCUCCGGAAAACAAAAGACAGCUUUGUUGUGACUUGUAUCAUCCCCGUGACGAAGAGUUUUUAUUUUAUCGAUGUCGACGAGGAAGUAAGGAGGUGGUAGCUGUGUUGGUAUCUUUUCUCCUGGCCACGGGGUUGUUGCCUUUGCUGCAUUUUGGACCAUUAAGUGCUAGCAGAACCAUGUAUCAACGUGUUUCCGGGGAAAUAAGACUCGGAGGAGUCUGGAGAGACGGUGUGCAGUGAAAGAAAUGGGGUGGCGACGUGGGUGUGCCCCUUGUGCCAAAAAGGGCAGCCUGACAGAUCUUCAAUGUCCUCGCACCUCACUGAGCAGCACAGUGUCCUUCCAUCGUGUGUGGACAGACUGCUGGACAUCGUGAGCUUGACUGUUUCAAAGCAAGCUGCCAGUGGAGGAGGAGGAGGAGGAGAGGAGGAGGAACGUGCUCAACAGGCUGCAUAUGCUGAGUCGUCACAACUGAAGCAGGCUGACGAGUCGAGCUCAGACCCCUGCAAAUCCAGUGAGAGUUCCGACGCUACCCCGACGCUGGGAGACAAAGAGAUGGAGCAGGAGAGAAUAAAGGAACAGGAGGGAGGUGAAGCUGAGCCCGUCCCAGAAGAAGAGGGAAACCCACUCACAGAAGCCAAACUGCAAAAUACAAGUGAAAACACAGAAACGCCAGACGCAAGUGAAAAGUCUGGGGAUAAAAACGGCAUGCCAGCUGAAAAGAGAACAAGGUUUUGGGAAUGCAACGCCUGCCAGGAAAAGUUUCUCAGCAGAACCACCUUAAGUCUCCAUUAUAACUCCGCAUCCCACAUCCAGAGGAUGACUACGGGCUCUGCUAAACCAGGGGCAGAAAGUGGUCCCCAGUCCCCCUCCACCCCCCUUCCUUCCAGGCCAUAUAUAUCCAACAAGCCCUACCAGUGUGCCGUGUGUCGGGUCUCCUAUAACCACGCCAUCACCCUGGAGAGCCAUAUGAAGUCUGUCCUGCAUCAGACCCGCAGCAGAAGUGCAGGAAUGGUCGCACAUGCUGCAAACAGUCCAGCCGCCGUUGCUAGCCCAAGAAGUAGCAGCACCAGUGCUCCCAACACCGCUGCAACCUCCUCUGAAGGGGGAACCAUUUCCAUGGUUACCUCCAGUAAUGGUGCAGCACCUGGAACGGUGGUGGUGAGUGCUGCCAAAGAUGGAGAGCAGAUUGCAACAUCCCCGGUGGCUCCCUCCCUCCUCACCUCCCCCGUGGCCUCAGCUCAGGCCGUCUCGGCCUUCCUCACACUCUCUCAUUCCCUCCUCCCAUCCCUGUUUGCAGCAGGUGCAGCUCCCGGUGCCCCUGCGCCCCAGCUCGUGCCUCAGCCUCACAUGGUCAUGCCCUUGAUCUUAAAUGGGCUCCAAACUCAAACUCAGCAGCAUCAAGACAACCAGCAAGGCCAACUCCUCACCCAGUGUUUGCCGUUCGUCGGCCUCAACCCAGCCCAGCAAGCCCUCCUAACCCAAAGACUUAACAGCUUACAGAACCAGUGGCCCUCACCAGUGGCUCCAGCUCACACACAGCCCUCUCAGGAAGAGCAAAAACAAACUCUGAAGUGUGAGGGAGGACAAGACAAGCAGGACAGCAAGGAGACGGGGGAGAAAGGCUCAGAUCAGGUCAAGGACAUGGAUAACUGGACUUCAGAGGAGACGCCUGAGGGAGAAAACGGUGAUGAAUUUGCACAAAGUGCAAACUCCGUAACCAAAGAGAACGUUGAGAGUGGAGAAGCCGUUGGAAAGGAGCAACAAAACAGCAACUCACAUGGAGGCGUGUCUGCUAAUCAGUUGGAUCUGGAUGCUGCUAAAGAAGUUGGGCUGAGUCUCUCCCCAGCUGGGCUAGAGAAGAACCCCCGCAACAACAGCCCCUCGCCUCUAGCAUCUGUGCCCAGCAGCUCUAGUCUCAGUCCGGUGAAUUUAAACCUCACGCUCAGCCCAGACUCGACCCCCCAGAAGUCCCAGUCCCCCAAGUCCAGCCCCGGUACCAAUGCCUUAACUACUAACCAAACUCAUCUCCGCUGGAACGCAGUGGGGUUCCAUCAUUCAAACCUCCCAGUGCUCUCGGAGUUCCAGUCCGAGGUUCUUUGGGCGUUCUUUGAGUCCCGGAGUGAGGCAGAUGCCGCAAGUCCUCUCCACGAGGACUGUGAGGCUCUGGGUAGGGAGGUGGGCCUUUCAGAAGAGGAGGUGCGGAGGUGGCUGACGGAAGCCCGGCAUGCCAAGCAGAGAUGGAGAGAGUUAAAACUCCUGGCAGAAUCCACCGGGCCCAGUCAAGAGUCUGACGACUAUGAUGAUGAGGAAAACUCGCUGGUUAUCGCAGAAGGUGAGGAUGAUGCUGAAGCUUCAGGGAGUCAGAUCAUAGAUUUGUCCUGUUCAAGAGGAAAACGCAGGCGGAGAAGUGCAAGAAGAGAGGGUCACAGGGAAUCUGGUCUGACCUCGGACUCAGAAAACGAAAUGUACACCUCUGUAGUUGUGUCUGAUGAGGAGAGUCGGAAUGAAUCGUUCAAGGAGGUCGCUGACAGCCCCCCUACAGAGGAAGCACAGCAGGAGAACCACGGCGGCAAGGGGUCAGCUGGGGGAAAGGUGCUACGCUCCACAACAGUCUUCCUCUCUGAUGCAGAGGAGGAGUAUGAAGACGAUGAGGGUGGAGGGGGUCAGCGGGCCAAGAGGAAAAAACGCAAAGGAGACUUUGAGCGCGAUGAGGUGGAAGUGAAAAAGGAAAGACAGGAUCCAGAUGUGGAUCUGGAGUUGGAGGCUCAGGGAGAUCCUCCCAGUUCCCAGAGCUUGGUGAUGGACCACGCUGAGAUUCCAGCUGGUGCUCUACACUCUCUUCCUUUGUCUCUCACUCCCUUUUCUACACAGUUCCUUAGUCCGUAUGUUCUGUCUGUCACUCCCUCAAUGGUGGCAGAUGGGGGGAAGUUAUCGGUGUUCCCCAACCCCCCCACCAUCACGCGAUUCUCAAGCUCUCUGCUCUCGCAGUCCCUCUCCUCCCUCAACCAGACGUCUCACUACCUGUCCAACGGUGACGACUGUGAGUCUGCUCUGGAUCUCAGCAUGGGCAAAAACAAGUCCACUUCUUCCACUCCGUCUCUGGCAGAUAAAAUCGCUGCACAGAAGGGACAGUUGCUGGACGGACUCGGUCUCGUUCCCACUUCUAAAGGCUUGGUGGUGGUCCAAGUGAAACCAGAAGCUGUGACUUCCAUGCCCCCAUCCAGCAACCCUCUGAGUCUGGUCAACUGCAGCAACAUGAUGCAUUCUAACAUUUACACAAGAGCACCAGAGAAAACGAACGCUGCUGCUUUAUUGGAAAGGGACCGUGAGAAGGAGAGGGACCAGCAGCAGAGGAAGUCCAAAGGAAAGAGAUACAUGCGGGACAUGAGGCGUUCAAGGACCAUCAUUCAAGCGGAGCAACUGGACAUUCUGUAUGGCUGCUACUUCAAAGACCCUAAUCCUGGAAAGCAUGAGUUUGAGCAAAUUUCGGAGUGGGUCCAUCUUCCAAAGAAGGUGGUUCAGAUUUGGUUCCAGAACAUGCGGGCGAGGGAGAGGAAAGGCGAGGUCCGAUUCAUCAGUGAUGGGACGCUAGCAGCAGUUGGCAAACCUCUCAUCAAAUUCACAUGGCCCCUUUCCAAACCAAUAUUCUCUAACAAGCCUGUUCAAAACAACGCGGGGGGCAUCCCUACUACCCCUGUUGUGCGCACCCUCAUCAAGACGGAGAGGGAACCCGAAAAGGAGCUGAACAAAGCAGCCAUGUUGAAAAAAGUGGCCCCCGUUCCCAUCAAGCCCAAGGAAGCAGUUUCCUCCAUGGCUGUGUCUCCGGUGAGCAGCAGUGCUUCUGCGGUGCCAAAGAUCAAGCUUGAAACUAACAGCAGCGCCCCGACGGUGAAAGUUCCACCUAAAGUCGACACUCCCGUUCCCUUAGCACCACCACCAAAGGAACUGGUCCCAAUCGCUCCCCGGCCCACUCAGAAAAAGCUGGAUGAGGAGAGUGAGGAAGAGAAGACCGAUGAGGAAAGAGAGGAUGAGAACGAGAUGACGCUUGGACCAGGAACGGCUAACCGGAUGGUGCCAAAGCUGCCCUCAACUCCCAUCAACAACCGGCUUUCAGCCACAGCAGCGGCUCAGCACAAGCAGAACGGGCUCAACUACUGGACCCCCAACGCUCCCAUUAAGAUCAACACGUUGUCAAGAGAACAACUGGCUCUUCCUGCACACGCACCUCCCUGUACCAUCCCUCCUCCUCCCACUCCCAGCAUAGCGCCAGUCAGCCCAAACAUCCCCAGUUCUGCCAAAGUAGCCAGCCCAAACCCACCCAUUCUUCCAAAGCCGAGCCCGUCAGAGAGCAACUUCCUGUCUCACUCGUCCAGCCGCAGGCCGCGCACUCACCUGUCCUGCCUACAGCUGUCUAUUCUGCAGUCAUGUUACGAAACGUGUGCCCACCCUAAUGCCAUGGAGUGUGAAGCGAUUGGCAACGAGCUCAACCUGCCGCUGAAGGUCAUCCAGAUCUGGUUCCAGAACACACGAGCCAAGGAGAAGCGCUGGAGGCUGCAGCAGGAGAAAAUGUCUCCUCUGGUCUGUGGGACCGUGGACACCAGCUCAGGAUCUUACCUGCAGUACAGCGCUCUCAAAGCUAAUCGGCCCCUUCUGCCUAAGCCGGUUCAGCUGACCAUAACACAACCGUCAGCCUCUCCGGUGGUGGGCCAGCCAGUGCAGAAGGAGAGCCUGACGGGCCACUGCGACGCCUGCAGCGUCUCCUUUGAGUCGCGGGCUGCUGCCAGGGCCCACGUCUUCUCCCCACACCACUUGGCUACUUUGAGAACCACUAACUUCGGCCAGCCGGCUGCCCUCAUAAACAAGAGCGGCUCACAGGUGUCUCUCUCCGCUGCCGGAAGCGGUUCUGGAGCCACUCCCGAAGGGGAGAUAGUUGUGGAGCUGCCCCCCCAAACAGCCACCAGCAACAGUUAAAGACUCAGAUCAGGAAUGGCCCACACCGUGACGUUUGUUGGACCGUUACGGCUCCUCAAAUUUUAAUAAACAUAGUUGAGCACUAAUCCUCUAAAGGUAAUGUUCUCUGCUAUGAUGCCCUCCCUCCCCAUACGCCCACGCUCCUAUGCUCCUCAGACUGUAUCCACCUGGAAUCAGGAGCAGACUGACCUUGAGGUCUGACCCGUACUCACGUUACCCACACACCUUUGGUCCUAACCCUGUGGCUAAGUGUGAACUAACUUCCUCGACUUUGUAAAGGCACUUGACUCGCCGUGCUCGAACUGUUGUACCUAAAGACUAAUGCAAGCGUUUCCUUUUUGGCAGCAGCCACAUUGGGCCUGGAAACAUGAGUUUGGGAUAACACAAACCGUUCACAUCAGUAACCCCUUUUUUUUUCUCUCCUGUGGAUAAUUUAAACAUUUUUCAUGCCUGCUUUCACUUCUAGGGCAAAAAUUGCUUGAAUUAAAUCUAACUGGACUGAAGUGUUGGGAGAGGAAAGCCUGCAUUAGCUGUCAGGGAGUGCGAUCUAAAGUCUUGCAUCGACUAAUUUGGGAUACAAAACCGGUACGUUAGCGAGAGGAGGGCUGUUGGAAUCGUUAGCGAUUACAUGCUCGUAGUUUCAUGACAAUCCAAAAAGACUUUGCUAAAAGGGUUUUAGAAAAGUAGAAUCUUUGGCGUAACCGCACUUUGACAUUUUUACUUUGUUUAAAAUGUUUUUAAGCAUUCUGAUGCAGGUGUCUUUUUAUGGAAAGAUGCUUUAAUGCAUGUUGGAUGCCUUAAUAUAAAUCUUGUGAAAUAAAUUGAGUUUUUUUGCUAAUCUUAUGUACCAUGCUUUAGACGUGAACAUAUUAUACAAAAUUAGACCUGAAUAUAACUCUAUAAAUGAGCUUUUCUCUAAACUGUUUUUACACCAGCUCUAAGGGGAAUGUGUCAUCUAAGCUGAUAAAAACCUGCCUGUAAAGCUGUCGGCUUUCCUGGCCAAGGACUAUCAUAACCAACUACUGUUCCCGCAUUAAAUUCUGUUCAUUCUUCUGCUUUCACGUCAUCCUAAAUGUGGCUCUUACGGAGUCUGAAUAUUUCACAGCUUCUCAUGAUGGGUCAAAAAUACACCAGCCUUAAAAAACCCAGCAGGUGUGAUAAUCAGACCCCAGGUGACGCUCAAAGGUUUGUAACUUAAUUUCAGCUUGAUUCGGAUCUAAUGGUCGGACAAUUUCUUCAGAUUUAUUUUAUUUUGACGGUUUAUUUUUAAACAAGGCAAUAGAAACAAUUCCAGCUAGUGUAACAAGAUGUUAUUUAGGUCAAAAGUUGGUCCUAAAAGCAGGUCUCUGUUUGCUUUUCCCUUUUUUUUUAAGUUUUGAAGCAGUAAAUGAUUCUGGUCAUGUGUGUGCUGUGGAAUGAGAGCUUCUAUCUGGACACCAUAACAACACUCGGGUGUUAAUUAGUACCCUCUAGAGUAUAAUGGGUCCUCAAACUUAGGAGGUAAAUUAGGAAACGUAAGAUGUAAUCACUGAAAGCUAAUAAGAUGGUGCUGUGUUGAAGGACACAUAAUGAAUUAAAGAUGUUUUCCUUGAAGUUGUAUAUUGAUGUUACUAUUAUAGUUUUAACAAAAUGCAAAUCUUAAGCGUGACCUUUUUGUAAAGAAUUCUAUUAAAAUAACUGAUAUUCCAAAGUAAUCCUCCCUUUGCUUUCUGUCAUUAAGAAACCAAAAAGCAAUCUUAGGUGGACAGAAAGCAGGAGAGGCGUUAAUGCAAACUGUAAAAGACAUCCCACGGCUUGACACUUGCACUAGUCCACAAUUUUUGCACAAGCUUCAGACAUUUCAAAUGAAAACAGCCAUCAACACUCGACGUCACUCUGUGUGGUUCUGAGACGAUGAGGGUAACUAUGUCCUUUUGAGUAAUAAUUUGUACUCCUGUUGGAUACUGUUUCUUGUGUGUAAAGCAAGGACUAGUGUGCUUGAACCUCAAGACUGGGAUUACACGUGUGAGACACACACACACACACAACUGUGUUGCACUGUCCAAACUAGAUACGUUUUUAAGGAGAUCUGCUUUUUAUUAUGUUUCAUUGUCACUUUGGUUAUCACUAUUGUUAUAACUGUACUACUACUUACACGAUUUAUUAUUACUACUCAUCACUGUUUUUUUGAUCAUUGAUCCAUAAUGGUUUUAAAUGCCACCUCUGCUCAAAAGAAGAGUAUGGUGUUCUCUGAAUAUUGAACAAUUAUAGUGGCAGUGUUGUUAAAAAUUGUUAGAUUUAUGAUUAAGCUUAAUUUUUCCUCCUCACUUGUACCUGCCUUUGUGUUUGGUCUCCAUUAUGCUUUCUUUGAUAUACAGAAAAAGAAAUAAAACCAGUUGAACAAAGGAACUGA